UGUAGGCAGGCAGGAGGUGGCUGUCUGAGAGCCGGGAUACCGAGCAGGGGCCCCAAGAAACCAGGGGCAAGGGAAAGGGACCCCCAGGAGCCGGGGGCAGAGGACAGGGACCCCCAGGACCCCGUCAUACUGAACAGAGGCCCCCAGGAGCCCGGACAGAGAACGUUGGCAGUAAACAGGGGCCCCCAGGAGCGUGGAGCAGGGGCCCCACCAUGGCCGGCUGGAGGGACGGCUCGGUGCAGGAGAAGCAUCGGCUGGUUGUGGUCGGGGGCGGAGGGGUCGGCAAGUCGGCUCUCACCAUCCAGUUCAUCCAGUCGUAUUUUGUCACAGAUUACGAUCCAACUAUUGAAGAUUCUUACACCAAGCAAUGCGUCAUCGACGACCGCGCCGCUCGCCUGGACAUUCUGGACACGGCCGGGCAGGAGGAGUUCGGAGCCAUGCGCGAGCAGUACAUGCGGACCGGCGAAGGAUUUUUACUCGUCUUUUCCGUCACCGACAGAGGAAGCUUCGAAGAAAUUUAUAAAUUCCAAAGACAGAUCCUCCGCGUUAAAGACCGCGAUGACUUCCCUAUGAUUUUAGUCGGUAACAAAGCGGAUUUAGAACACCAGAGACAGGUAACGCAGGAGGAGGGGCAUCAGCUGGCGCGGCAGCUUAAAGUCCCGUACAUGGAAGCUUCGGCGAAAAUCCGGAUGAACGUGGACCAAGCUUUCCACGAACUCGUCCGAGUCGUAAGGAAAUUUCAGGAACAGGAAUGCCCCCCUUCCCCGGAGCCAACGCGGAAAGAAAAGGACAAGAAAGGGUGUCAUUGUGUGAUAUUCUGAGACGCGGCGUCUGCGUCCUCCUCCCCAAUAUAUCGCGCAUCCCGUCUGGGCGUUCGUGUCGUGUUCUCCAUACGAGUCACCGGGAUGGC